AAAAAUAUCACGUAGAUCCUCUCGUCUCGUCUUUUCUUAUUAUUUCCUCUGUCUGCUUAUCAAAUUUAGUUUCAUCAACAAUCUAAUCAAAGAAGAGGGAAAGAAUGGUUGAAACUGGUGAAAAGGUUUCUUCUCCGCCUUCGAAUGUGCGUAAAGACUUGGAAUUUUUCAAGGUUUUUCUUCCCGAAUUCAGCUCUCACGAACUGGAGAUACCUCCAGCAUUCAUCGACAUCUUGAAGAAGCCAUUACCUAAUCAUCUGUUAUUAAUCGAUGAGAUCGGACGGUUGUGGGGUGUGGAGACAAAAGCAGAGGAAAGAGUUCGUCUUGCUGCUGUGUCAAGAGAAACAGUUCGUGUUGUUGUUUUCAAAAGAGGUUGGGAAAAAUUCGCAAACGAUCAAUCUCUUGAAUUUGGAGACUUUCUUGUGUUUAGAUACGACGGCGAUUCGAGAUUCUCCGUGACGAUCUUCGCUAAAGACGGAUGUAAAAAAGAUCUCGGCCUCGUCACAACCACGGGUUUACCUAGGGUUUCAGUUGCAAAAGAACCGGUUGUCGCUGAUCCGGCGAAGAUUUCUACCAAACCGGAACGUCGGCAAGGUUGUUGUGGCGAGAGGGUUAAUCAGACUUGGAAACGCGAUUCGGUUAAGGAAAAGCCUAUCAGAACCGAAUCGGAGGAUGUUUCAACUAUCAAAACCGAACCGGAUGAUGAAUCAACUAUCAAAACCGAAUCUGAACAGUGGAUAAAUAGUCGGAGGAAAGUGUACCGGGCUAGAGAUCCUUGUGGUGUAUCAUGGUUUACUCACAAGAAACUCAGAGGAUUUGAAGAAUCGGUUAUUAAACCGAAGAAUCCGCAUUUUGUGAGGAAUAUUACAGACAUUUCACUUCGUCAAAUGGAAAUACCGACAGCUUUUCUGAAAGACAACGGGAUCGACAUGGAGGAAGACAUCGAGCUUUGUGAUGAAAAUGGAAAGAAGUGGCCAUUGAAGAUUGUGAAUCGCAAUAGACGACUCACCUUCUCGCAAGACUCGUGGCUGUGUUUCUGUGAAAGCCAUGAGUUGAAGAAGACCUGUAAGUGUAUAUUCGAGUUUAUUGUGAGAAGUAAUGGGAAAUGCAACGACAUUCAAGUUCGUAUCGUCCGUGGGAGUUUGCUUACUACUGUUACGAAAAGGAGUUACCAAGUUCUUGCUGUGUAACCUUUUAAAAUACAUUACUUUGUCGUUGUUGUUGUUAUGAAUUCUUUUGUUGUUAUGAUUGUUAUUUCUUAGUUGCACAAGUUCCUUUCUGUGAAUUAAAAACAAGAUUUCCACUUUUUUUAACUAACGAUUAUAUUAAUUUAAACUAA